CCCUUCCACUGCUGUAGCCAAUCACAAACCUCGCCAACGGUUUCAGCAGCCAAUUGGUGCUUGCUGUCACGGCGCGUCAUCCGGGGAAACAUGGCGGCGCACAUCAGCAGAUCUGUGACACGACUUGUCCCACAGGAGCGCGGUUGGCUCCUGCCCGCAGCCUGGCAGUUGUGUACCGAAGCAUGGCGUCAUCACCAUCACUCUGCAGGCCCCUCGCUGCGCUACAUACCCCGCAGGGCGGUUCUCUACUGCCCUGGCAAUGAUGAGCGAAAAUUGAGGAAACUCUCCUCGCUGGAUGUCGACUGCGCCGUCUUGGACUGUGAAGAUGGUGUAGCCCUCAGCAAAAAGGCAGAGGCCAGGGAGACCAUUCCCAGGAUGUUGGCAGAACUGGACCUGGGCCGGACAGAGAAGUGUGUGAGGGUGAACUCUGUGUCCAGCGGCUUCGCUGAAGCUGACCUGCAGGUCAUCCUGCAGGCUGAGGUUCUCCCUCCUGCCAUCAUGUUGCCCAAAGUGGAGGACACACAGGAGGUGCAGUGGUUUGUUGACAGGUUUCAGCACAACUUGAAAGGACGGCCGCUGACAGAACCCGUUCGCCUGGUCACCUUUGUGGAAACCGCUGUGGGCCUGCUCAAUUUUAAGGCAGUGUGUGAGGAAAUCCGUCGACUUGCUCCCAGUGCUGGUCUCCACCAUGACGGCGUGGUGUUUGGCUCUGAUGACUUCUGUGCCAGCAUAGGUGCCACGCGAACCAAAGAUGCCAGCGAGCUCCUUUACGCGAGGCAGAAGGUGGUUGUGACGACCAAAGCAUUUGGGCUGCAGGCUAUCGACCUGGUCUACAUCGACUACAAAGACGUGGAGGGGCUGAGGCGACAGGCCAGAGAGGGAGCUCUCAUGGGCUUCACAGGUAAGCAGGUUAUCCACCCGGGGCAAAUCCAGGCUGUGCAGGAGGAGUUCUCCCCCAGUCCGGAGAGGAUACAGUGGGCCAAAGAGCUCAUCGCUGCGUUUGACCAUCACCAAAAGGAGGGAAAGGGCGCGUUCACCUUCCGCGGCAGCAUGAUUGACAUGCCCUCGGUGAAGCAGGCGCAGAACAUCCUGACGCUCUCCGUCGUGGUGCCGGAGAAAUAACGCGACCCGUGAGAAGAAACUGAAAGAACCAACGCAACUGAACCCUGCCAGGAGAGGUCGGAGGACACUGGAAAUGUUGCAGGCUUCGUGACGAAAGCAGCACUCUGGGGGAAAAAAAAGCUUUUACAAAAUGGUUUUAUGGACACUGUGGUUUAGAUUUAGAUCUUUUUUUAAUCAAUGUUUUGAUUCAGUUCGCCUGAUUGUCGCGAGAGUGAGGGCUCAGAUCCACCUUCAGAUGUUUUCAGACGCAGGAAAUCUGCACAACAGCGACUUCUUGAAGUGUCGAGGAUUAUUGCCCUGUGUGGGCACUUUCUUGGCACGCACUCUGCCGUGUGUGCGCCAUCAUGUCGCUCUCUAUAGCGUGUCUGUGCCCAUGCCUCCCCAUCUCGCCCAGGUCAUGAUGAAUGCUCCCCCAUCUCCACGGUCCAGGCAGCUGGGCGAAAGGGUAAACAAACACAACAAGCCACUGUUGUAGGAUCUAUUCAUUAGGCCCCAGCCCUUCCAGUCAGGCCUCAGCCCCCCUGCCCAGGGCCUGACUCACACACAUCAAAGUCUUUCAGAUGCAAGUGCGUAAACUCACGAUUUGGCUUUUUUUUUUCCUCCUCGUGUGUGUCAGCCUCCUUAGUAAAGACACGCAGCUCGCUCCGUGGCAGCUGUGAGCCUGUGGUCUUGAUGGAGAAGGCGUGUGGCGUCAGACGCACCAUGACCUGUACGGAAAAUAAACACCGCACACAGGCGCAUGCUGCGGCGGUAUUCUUCACCUGAUCUCUCAUUUAACGCGGAGACAUUAACUUGCUGUUGUUUUCUAGGUGAGCGUCACCUGUUCUUUUUAUCAGCGUCUUCAAAAAUAAAUAAAUAAAUAAAAAACGCACUUGAUUUGAUCCGCGGUUUUAAACGGUCAAUAAAAAAUGAAAACAACAGCAACAACAAAAAAAAGGAACUCCUGGACAAGUUCAGUAAAGUCGUCGGUUGUGCUGUCACGAAUAAAAAGUACAAUGGGGCUCUGUGGAGCGCUUGUGCACGUCUGACUUCCAGAGACAGUGAAGUGGGUGUGAUGUUGGAGUGAGACAGAUUAGUGGCCAUGUUGCUCCAGCAGACCAGGACCGAGGCUUUGUCUCUCUGACUGUGGAUGGGAGGAUAAUUGGGGGGGUGUUGAAUGGUUAAUAGUGCCAUUGGUGACCAUGGUAAUGAAAGGCACCAUACCUCCCCUACCCCACCUCAUCCACUCAUCUCUCUCCCUCUCCCUCGCUCUCUCCCUCUCUCUCCCAUACUGUAUGAGCUAUUGUGUCUGGGGCAGGACUGUGGUCUGUGCCAGGCCAGGCCAGACAAAAAGAUCGAAACCACUCCUGCGCCCCAGCCAAAGACCCAAAACAGUAAGCUGUCUCUUUGGCAUUUGGCCACAUAUUUCUCUCACCCCUGGCUCACUUUUUUUUUUUUCUUUUUUUUUUUCUGUCGGGAACUCACAUUCAGCUUGUUUGUUUGUUUUCACCCGCUCUGACCAUUAUACCCGGAGGUUGGUGGACAAAACUGCCAUUAUGUAUGACUUUCAUUAAGUAAAUCAACAUCAUUAUUCGGGGAGAGCCAUUUUGCGAGGCUCUGCGGAUGUUAAAGACAGACGUUGGAGGACUCUCGAACCCGGCCCGCUUGAAUGGUUAUGGCACUUGAAAGAGAUGUUUGUGCGCCGAUUGCUUAAAAUCAUGUAUUGUUUAGUGUGUCUUCCUGUUGUGUCAUGAAAAGGGACUGCUGAUUGUUAUCAAACCGCAGAGCACUUUAUUGUGACUUUGUGAACUUUAUUUUAGUACAAAUAAAAGGCGGUUCCUAAGAGAUCGAGAGCUUCAGCUUCUGGUUUCAUGUCCUGUUAGACAAAGUUUUGUCUCUAUGUGAACACACGUUCAAAAAUCAAAGAGAUAGAUAACAGAAGAUGUUAAGAUAUAUGAAAAGGUGUUUUCUUCGUUAUGUGACAGGGCAUUUAGAGCCCCAUCCUGGCCAGUGUUGGUUUGAUUUCAUGUUUGAUAAUGAGUUUUGUUCCCAUCUGCAUGUUGAAUUAAAAGAAAGCAACCAGUGUGUAUCGAUACAUGAUAGAAAUAAAGCAAUCUACAAAGUGCACAAAA